GACGUGUGACGUCAUCGGCGCUCGACGGCGGCAGUGUCGCAGGAAUGGAAAGAUGCAGGAGGAGGGAAAGAAAAGAGAGAAAGAAAAGAAGAAGAAGAGGAGAUCAGAACGGGCGUCUGCUGAUGGAGAGGUGAAGAUGAGGAAGAGUGCUGAGUCCCGCGUGGAGGACGUGAGCGAGAAGCCGGAAGCGCAGGAGGUUCUUCAGGAACCCAGUGAUGUGGAGGAAGGUGGACUGGACCUGAAUAAGUCCUUCAAACCCGUCAGCGCUUACAUGCAGGACCGUGAAGAGAUGCUGGAACAGUGCUUUCAUGUGCUGGGAGAGACGAAACUCAAAAACAUGCUGCCCGAUGAGCUCAAGGAGUGUCCUUUAACUGAGAUUAAGAAGCUGUGCUGGGAUCAGUUACAGCAGCUUUCUGACAUUCAUCUGCUGGAGAUUUUGGAAGGUAAAGAGUUUACUGUCACGGCAGCUCCCGAAGAGAAGAAGAACUCGACAGACGGCCAGCAGGACAGCAUCGUGGACUCCACCUCCUGUCUGAAAGAAACGGAAGAAAAGCAAGGUUCAGGAUCAGAAGAGGACAGUGAUGUUCUGAGCAUCAACGCCGAUAUCGACGACAGCGACAUCGAGGGUCAUAAAGACGUCAAACCUGAAGAAGCGUCACUCGAGGCUCCUCCUCCCACCCCACCUGUCCAAUCGUCCGAGCCCAAGGUGGAGCUUCAGCAGGACAUCGACAGAAGCGUCAGUGAGAUUCUGGCUCCGACGCCCUCCGUCACCAAGAAAGAUGUGACGCCGGCCGGCCCGGACAGAGGACGGACGGAGCAGCCGUCUGCUCAGCAGCUGGAGUUGCUGGAGCUGGAGAUGAGAGCGAGGGCCAUUAAAGCGCUCAUGAAAGCCGGCGAGAUGAAGAAACGGGUUUGAUACUGAACGCUCGGUUUAAUGCUGGGACCACGGGGGUGAUGUGAUGUUUGAUUUUGUUCCAGCACUGACUAAGAAACCGCACGCGUUAUGUCCUGAAACUGUAUAGUAAAAUAAAGAACAGUCUCGUUUUGUUUA